CAUUUCCCUUUUUAGAUAUAUCGUUGUUUCACUCAUCCCUUGUCUGAAUUAGUAUGACUUUGAAUUUUAGCUAGGAGUUUACAAUGCCAUCUUUUAAAGUAAAAGUAAAAUGGGGACGAGAACUUUUUACGGAUAUCGAUGUUAACACCGAUGAAGAUCCUAUAUUGUUCAAAGCUCAACUGUUCGCUCUUACUGGUGUUGAACCAGACCGUCAAAAAGUUAUGUGCAAAGGUGGCAUACUUAAGGAUGAUCAAUGGAACUUGCAGUUAAAAGAUGGAGCUGUAGUGUUAUUACUGGGAAGCAAAGAAGAUGUACCAGAAGUACCCACAACACCAAUUAAGUUCAUUGAAGACAUGAAUGAUGCAGAAACCGCGACAGCAAUGCGCCUCCCAGCCGGUUUAACAAACCUUGGAAAUACAUGCUAUAUGAAUGCUACUAUUCAAUGCUUGAAAGCAGUUCCUGAGCUUCGUAAUGCGCUAAACAAUUUUACUAGUGAGGGGUCUGAAACCCUAUCAGCAGCUUUUUCUAUUUCAUCGGGAAUGAAAUCUGUUUUUGCUCAGAUGGAUAAGGGUGCAACUGUCACUCCAAUUGUAUUGUUGCAGGCACUACACCGAGCAUCCCCUCAAUUUGCACAGACAGGAGAAAAUGGCACAUACAGGCAGCAAGAUGCUAAUGAGUGUUGGUCGGAAAUUCUUAAAAUGCUGCAACAAAAACUUUUACCAGUUCACCAAGAACAAUCUAAAAAUAAUGCUCAGAAAUCAAAACAUAGCUCAUUUAUUGAACAAUUCUUUGGUGGAACCUUUGAAGUUAAAAUGAGCACGGAAGAAGUUCCCCAUGAAACUGCUACUGUAACAACUGAAAAUUUUUUGCAAUUAAGUUGCUUCAUUUCAAUGGAAGUGAAGUACAUGCAAAGCGGCCUUAAAUCGAAAAUGAUGGAACCAUUGGUCAAGAAAUCUGAAACUUUGGGACGAGACGCACACUACAUUAGAACUUACUUAGUUAGCCGACUUCCAGCGUAUCUUACUGUCCAAUUCGUACGAUUCCAAUAUAAGGGAAAGGAAGGAAUAAAUGCCAAAGUAUUAAAGGAUAUAAAAUUUCCCAUCGACUUUGACGCGUUUGAGCUGUGUACACCCGAAUUGCAAAAAAAAUUAUGUCCAAUGCGUUCGAAAUUUAAGGAGCUGGAAGACAAAAGUAUGGACCUGAAAAUAGCCAAACCAUAUGGGGUCAAGGAUGAGGACUUAGAAACAAAAUAUGAGCAAUUUUGGUUUGACGAUGAUUUGGGAAGUAAUAAUUCUGGAUACUAUACAUUACAAGCCGUAUUGACACAUAAAGGUCGAUCAAGUUCAUCUGGACACUAUGUUGCUUGGGUUCGCUCCAACGACGAUAUUUGGUUUAAAUUUGAUGAUGACGAAGUAACAUCCGUGCCCACGGAUGAAAUUUUACGACUUUCAGGUGGUGGCGAUUGGCAUUGUGCCUACGUCUUAUUAUAUGGACCGAAGCGUUUGGAAAAGCUCUAAAUAAUUAUAUUACUGUCAAUAAUUAUGUGUUGUUGAUAAAAUUAAUUGGAAUUAUAAAGAUGAUCACGAGAUAUGAAGUCGUU